GAGAGCCUCAGUCUGCUGCAGCAUGAAGCCCGGUUUGAAAGUGAAACGUCUACGAUGAACAGAGAAGGACCAGAGCUUGCAGGUUUCAAAGCACAGGGGAGUUGAAGGAAAAGUCAGACCAUGUCUACAAACACAGGUGAAGAACAUGCAGUUCUUUUGACCUUUCUCUCCAAACUGGGACUGGAGACAUUUUAUCCCAACAAGCUCACUCUUCAGUCUCUAUUGGAGAUCAACAAAAACAGCAUAAAUGAAGAACCUGCCUCAUCAGUACAGAAAAUACCUUGGUGCUUUCUCAGAAAACUAUUUAAACUCAAUGCAGAAUGCAGGGGCUGUACACAAGUAUCAAACAGUGAUGAUAAUGAAGAAAGCAGAGAUCCCUUUGAUCUUGACCUUUACACUUCAGAUGAAUCUGCAGACGAUAGGAUUAACCCUCUUGACCUCAUAACAGCACUCUUCCUUUGUGCUGACAGCUUUUUGCAACAGGAAAUGGCCCUCAAGAUGUCAAUGUGCCAGUUUUCUGUCCCACUGCUGAUGCCCCAUGUCAAUAACAGUCAGAGUACCCUGAUGCUGUGGGCUCUGAGGGACAUUGUCAAAGAGUGGCGUCCACAAAAUGUGUCUGAAUCAAAAGGCUUUGUUGAAAACAACAUUGUCCAAGCAGAGAUACCAUUCUAUUCCUUUGUGAGGCUCAACAACUGUACUCUGUCCAAGUCCCAGAUGUUGAAUCAAGUUCUCAGCCUUAGCCAGCAGAAUCACAAUAUCUUCAUACACAGAGACAUGAAAGGAGGAGCAAUUAAAAGACACAUUGCCAAUGGCUUGGCUGAGGUGUGCUGGUACCUUCCUAGAGGCAGAGAUUAUCCUGAUGUAUUCCCAGAGCCAAUUGCAUUUGCCAAUCUGAGAGGAAACAUUUCUGAGUCACUUGCUCAGUUCACUUUUCUGUUUCAUGUGUCAACUGCUACCUUUGUAUUCCUGGACAAAAUUGAAAAAGAGGAGCAUGAGAUUCUAACUUCUCUUCAAGAUGUGAAAUCCAAACUGUUCUUGGUUGUCAACCGCAAAGAUGGAAGUGCUAAAGAGGACAUGGAAUCUGUCAGGAAAACAGUGAAAGAAUUAGAUUUGCCAAACAGCAGUGUGAAAGUGAAAGACCCAAGAGUAAAUAAUGUGGAGUUUUCAGAUAAACUUUCUGCAGCCAUUAACAAGAUAACAGUUGGAAAACCCACAAUGGACAUUGAAAAUAUGGUUGACAAAGCUGUUGAUUUUGGUCUGUCUGUGGAUGAAUGCACAAGUGAUGAACAAAAUAAAGCAUCAGAAAAGAUUGUCAAAGGAAUUGAGGUACAGAAGAUACCAGACUACAAGAGAAAACAGCUUCCUCUGCAAGGCGCUGACUGGAAAAGGUUAUCGCUGUUGGAGAAAGAGGAAUGUAGGUUGAAAACACAUGGUAACUUAGAACCGGAAGAAUAUAAGUCUCAGCUACUGGAAGAAAAACAACAAAUCAAGGAGAAGCUUGGCAAACUGCAACUAUCAGAUGAUAUGAAGACUUUCAUUAAUCAGUUACCUAAAAAUGACAGCAAGAGCAGAGAUUUCUUCCUUAAGUGGAUGAAACUCAAACUGGAUGCACAUUCCCGGGAUCAACUAUCUUCACUCCGCCAUCAAUGGACAGAACAAAGCAACAAAGAGAACAAAGAUGUGAAAGCGAUUGUAAAGCUGGAUCAGGAGUUGCUGGAAAGCUCUUUAGGGUUAGAGCAUUACAUGAGAGAGAUGGGACUGAUAUAUGAGUUUUCAUUGAAGUCACAAAACUCUGCUGAUGAAGUACGUCGUCUCCCUGGUUUGGCAGCUGAACUGCUGUUGGAUGGAUAUCCUUUAGAGCUCUUGGAUGGAGAUGCUUGCAACAUCCCAGAGAAAUGGGUGACAGAUGUACUAAUGGAGCUACACAGGAAGGUUGGAGAGAAGAGCAGACUGUUGGUACUGACCGUGUUGGGUGUUCAGAGUACCGGGAAGUCAACACUCCUCAACACCAUGUUCGGUGUGCAGUUUGCAGUCAGCAGUGGCAGAUGCACAAGAGGAGCUUAUAUGCUCUUCCUCAGAGUAGAUAAGGAUAUGCAACAACAGCUGAACUGUGACUUCAUAGUUCUCAUUGACACAGAGGGCCUCAAGUCUCCUCAGUUGGCACAACUAGAAGACAGUUAUGAGCAUGACAACCAGCUGGCAACCUUUGUCAUUGGUUUAAGUGAUGUGACCAUUAUCAAUGUUGCAUCAGAGAACUACACAGAAAUGAAAGAUAUCCUGCAAAUUGCAAUCCAUGCAUUCCUGAGAAUGAAGGAAAUUGGCAAAAGGCCAAUUUGUCAUUUUGUGCACCAGAAUGUUGCUGGAGUCUCUGCUCAUGCAAGGACCUUGACAGAGAGACAAAUUCUCUUGGACCAACUCAAUGAAAUGACUCAAAUUGCUGCAAAAAUGGAAAAUAAGCCCUCUAUAAAGAGAUUUGCAGAUGUGUUGAACUAUGACAUAAAAGAAAACACCUGGAACAUCCCCGGACUCUGGCAUGGGACUCCUCCUAUGGCAUCAGUGAACACAGGUUACAGUGAAGCUGUAGCAGAUUUCAAGAAAAACCUCUUGGAGACAGUGAAAAAAGACAAAACCGAUGAUGUUUCACGGAUUCCAGAGUUUCUAGAAAUGGUAAGAAGUCUCUGGAAAGCAGUCAAAUAUGAGAACUUCAUCUUCAGUUUCAGAAACACUCUUGUGGCUCAUGCUUAUAACGAUCUUUGCAAGAAGUUCAAUCAAUGGGAAUGGGAGUUCAAAAAAGACUUGAUCUGUUGGCAGGAUGGGGCAAAGUUACAGAUCUUAAAUUCUGACAACAAAACAGAUUUGAACACUUUGACGACAAUGGUUGCCUCACAAAAAUCAAAGUUGUUAGCCAAAAUAGAAGGCGGUCAAAAAGAAAUGGACAAGAAACUUGAUGAAUACUACAAAAGGAAAGACAUACGUGUGAGUCUGAUAGAGAAAUACAAAAGUGACUUUAGAAUCUCUAUCAGAAAGCUUAAAGAGGAAUUCCAACAUUCAGUAAACAACGCAUUGGAUUGUGCUCUUGAGGGGAAAAAAAGUUCAAAAGAGGCUCAGAACAUUCAAAGCAAACACAGAGAAAUGAUAGAAGAAGAGGUAACGAAACUCUUGAGUGAUCCCGAACACCGCACACUUUCUGAUGAACAGUUGAAACGUGACUUUCAACAGAUGUGGACAAAAGUCACAGCAAAUGUGUCUGGACUGAAAGAACUAAACAUAUCUGAAAAAGUCCUUGAACAGUUGAGGAAACAUUUCUCAAAUCGUAAGGUGAAUGAGGAAUUACAGAAAAUGAAAGACCUAAAGGACAUUGGAACGAAGCCUUUUAAGGUCAAAAUUGAACUUAAAACAAUUUUGACAAGUUUGGCAUUCUGCCAAUACAAAGCGUUGCAGAGUUAUGCAGACACUGCCAUUGAGUCUUGCACACUAUUUGUAUGUGGUAUUGCAAAAACCAAGGCAGACUACCAUGACUCCUUUGCAAGGGAUCUGUUGGAAAAAGUAGAUGAUUCCCUAAAAGGCAAGAGUUUCCAGCUGAAGUUUGAGAUUGACCUGAAGCUUCACAUUUGUGGCAUUGCCUCAAGAGAGUUCCUUCAAAUGCACAGAAAUGUCUUGUCAGCAAGGGAUCCCAAAAUGCAGCUGGAGAAGAACAAGCCUCAGUACUUGUUGGAUUUUAUCGAUCUAUACAAAAAGAGAGAUGAUUGCCAACGCAAAGCAAAUGCUUUAGUCAGACUUUGUAUCAAACCUGCUGUGGAAGAGUACAUCAGUAGACAUCUGGGAACUAACAUUAUGGAUAACGUUUUGGCAGGCUGCCAUUCAGCAGAGUACAGUUGCCGAAACUUUUUCCAGUACAACAUUCAGAAAGAGUUGCUGCAAAAGGAAGACUUUCAGAGGUUUGUCAAGUUCAUUGGUAACUAUGAAAUGUAUGUAAAGGAUUUUAUAUUUCAGCAAAUCUUGGAAGAAAUGUCAGAGGACAACACUUUGUUUGAACUGAAAAGUCAGAAUCUGCAAGUCAUAGUAAAAAAAAUUACGGAUGCAACAGAAAGGGCUUCAAAAGGAGAGGAUGGUGUCCUGCUCCCAGAUAAAACUGAAAGCAUCACAGAGCUCAUCAAAAACAUGCGCACAUUUUUGAUCACAGAUAUCUCGCUUUCAGAAGAGAAUGAAAAAACCGCCCUGUUUAAAAUCCAAAGCACAUGCCAUCCAUUUAAAGAGAGCCUCAUGAAAUCAUUGAGUGAAAUGAAUAAACAGCUGCAGGAGGAGUUCUCAAAAUCUGAAGACAUCACUGAGACUGUGAACAAACUUCCAACCAAACCCCAGGAUGAGCUUUUCAAGCGGGUGUUUGGUUGUGGACAACAAUGUCCAUUUUGUAAAGUUCCUUGUGAAGCUGCAGGCAAACAACAUGAGAAACAUUUUGCAGCUGUUCAUCGGCCACAAGGUCUCGGUAGAUACAUUAUUGUAGACACUGAGAAGCUGGUGGUAACACUGUGCACAACUAAUGUUCACAGUGAACUUCCAUUCAGUUGCGCAGACACUAAUGGAGAGUGGCAUCCUUACAAGGAGUACAGAACAAUCUACCCAGACUGGCUCAUUCCUCCAGACUACACCAGGGAGGCAUCUGACUACUGGAAGUAUGUCCUGGUUAAAUACAAUGACAGUUUUGCCCAAGAAUACAAUGCCAAGCCAGCUGAUGUUCCAGUAGCAUGGAGGAAAAUUACAAAGGAACAAGCACUGAAAGGCUUAAAGGAAGCCUUCAAUAUUAACCCUCCAAGCCCUCUAAGGUCAAACCCCCCCUUUCCUAGGUUAGUCUCGAGUGGCUGGCCUGAAUGGUGUGCCUACAAAAAAUAAAAUAAUGCUGAUCACUGUGGACAUGAGUAAGGGAAUAAUAUUUCACACAGCCACCAGCUUCUUGGAAAUAUGCCCCUUUUAUACAGUAAGGACAAUAACUGCAGCGAAAAUAGAGAACAUCGCGGGUGUAGGAGAGUGUAUUGAUUAUUUUUCGCAAAGGAAGCCUUCAACAUUAAAUGAACAAUGUACAGUCCUGACAAAAAUAUCUUAAACAAAACAACGUUUAAAAACGGGAGGAUUUUUCAUAUCCAAAUCUAGGGAGAAAACCAAAAGGAAGCAGGAACUGAAGACGCCAGGGCAGAAAUACAAAACAGAUCAACAAUUUAAAAAAUGAUGAAGUUGACUACACCAUGGUGUUUACUGGCAUCCUUCAGUCUGAUGAACACCAUUGACAACUGAUGAGUUUAAGAAGUUGCAGAGAAGUAAAAAAGCUAGAGAUAGCUAUGUGAGAAGUUUUUUCUUUUUUUCUUUUUAACAU